CCCUCAAAACUCAGCAGCAGCAGAUGAGAUAGAUAUUCUCUCCUGUUUUCUUCCAGCUAGCUCAGCUUGACGAAGUGUACUGGAGGUUCUGAGUUUGGUGAUAAUUUCCCUAGAGUGGACUGAGUCUGUGACAGUGCACACAGAUCCUAAGUUAUACAUUUCCUACCCACCAAGAUUCACGAUGGUGAAGGACAAAGCGAAAAAGGAAGAGAGCGGCCCAAUCCAGCAAGUAGCAUUUCAGACGUGCCUGAGCACGGUUGCGUAUCCGUUCCAUGUUGUGAGAACUCUUGUGCAGGUGGGCCACGAGCCUCUUCCAUCGACUGUAGGGAAAACGUGGUUUGGUUUUGGAAGCAACGCCUACUUUUUGCCCAACUGCCUCACAUACAGUGGACAUAUUCGUCGUACUGAUGGCUACGCGGGAUUGUACAGAGGGCUGGUGCCUUAUGUGGUUAAUGGUGGUUUGCAGCAAAUCUCAUCACGGUAUUUGAACGAUCUAAUACCAACCGUAAAGAAAGAUUCGAAUGCAUCCACGUCUGAAUUCACAGUAGACGUGGUCAAGGAUGUUGCUCGGAGUGCGGCCAUCCGCACAGUAGUCAUGGUCCUUGGUCACCCCCUUCACGUCAUCAACAUUCGCAUGGUUGUCUACUUUGUAGGUCGAGAAUCCGCCUACUCAAGCUUCAUGGGAGCAGUGCGCUCCAUCUACGAGGACGAAGGUGUGGGUGGCUUUUUCUCCGGUAUAGUUCCACGCGUAAUUGGAGAGUUGCUGGGCAUGGUGGCUUACGAAGCCCUGUUCCGUACCAUCCUGAAGAUAGCCGAAUCUGGUGGUCAUGUUGACGACCAUGAGGAGUUGGAGCUGUACGGUCGUACGCUAGUCAAUUACCUGGUCAGAAUCACGACCUACCCGUUCCAGCUGACAUCCACACUGAUGAUCGUGGACGGUAGCAGGAUGGCCGCUGCCUCGGCAGUGCCGGUUGAUUGCAAUGGCCGGUGGUACAAAUGCCUGACGGCUCUCUACUCCAGCGGCAGGAACAUGCGUGGAAACUCGCUCUUCAAUCGCAUCGACAAGAGCAGGCGUGUUUAUACCACUCGCCUGUAAACACAUGGCUGCCUGGUGGACACCGGGCAUAUCCUUACGAUGGUAGUCUUGAGGCUGUUGUUGAUUUCGUAUGGACUACUCUACAUAAUAUCACUCAAUGUGGUCCUGUACGAAAAGAGAAAAAAAGAGCUUUAAUAUGGAUAAUGUACUUGUACAGCAGAGCAUCUCGGCUAUCACUAAUGGCAUGUGCACCUCAAUGGCGGGCUGUGAUGCUACCCCCACUUUGCUUUUUAAUACAUGCACCUUGAUGGUUUACUGUGGACACUCUCGGAACGUACGAGAUGAGCAGUUGGUGCAGGUAAGAGCCUAUAUCUGUAGUUUUCAUGUGCUUAGUUUCUCUUGCUUCUGGGGUGUAGGAGCACCUUGCCUUCUCUUGCUUCUGGAGUGUAGGAGCGCCUUGCCUUCUCUUUCAUUGGUGCAGGUCACCAUCACCUUCAUGUAGCUUUUGGGCAAAGUCUGAUGAGAUCGCUUUUUUUCUUUUCUUUUUUCUUCAAGCAAUUGCCUCUUCCCUUGAUGAUUGAUCUGUGCUGUCAUUUUUAAGGCACGCGUCAGAAUUGAAGUUUAUGCUUUGCAGAGCAUUAUGGGUCUGCACUCUGCA